UUCAGGGAAACUCAUUCAGAGCAGGGAAGUAGGACAACUUUGCCCAGCUAUCAGUUACCUCUUUCUAAGGAAGAAGCUCUCGUCUCUGCGGAUCCCAACCCGCAUCGAUGUGAAAGGGCAUUCGCCCACCAUCGUUUCAACAGGAAAAAUGCCCGUCAGAAGAGGAGAGGCCACAGUCAUGGAAGAAGUGAUAUGGGAGCAGUUCACUGUGACUUUACAAAAGGACUCCAAACGGGGGUUUGGUAUAGCAGUAUCAGGUGGAAGAGAUAACCCCAACUUUGAGAACGGUGAAACCUCCAUCAUUAUCUCUGAUGUUUUGGAAGGGGGCCCGGCAGAUGGGUUACUUCACGAAAAUGACCGGGUUGUCAGUGUUAAUGGCUGUCCAAUGGAAAAUGUGCCUCAUUCCUAUGCUGUACAACAAUUAAGAAAAUGUGGGAAAGUAGCCCAAAUAACUGUGAAAAGGGGUCGGAGAGUCCCUACUCGGCAGCCUGUGAUCGAACCUGAGAAUCGGUUCUUCGAUGUGGCUGAUGACUACGAUCGCAGAAGCGAGCACAGUAUCCAGAGUGACAGGAGUGAUGGUGGGCCCAAAGGAUAUGGCUACAGCCAAGACUACAGCCCAGACAGAAGCUACAGCCGGGAUAGAGAGCGUGGCAGGAGUUAUGAGAGAAGCCAAAGUAGAGAACGUAGCUACAGCAGGGAUCACAGCAGGGGGAGGAUAUAUGAUGAGGACAGAGGUCAUGAGAGAAACUACGGGCGUGAAGGUCAUGGGCGGGCGAGGAUGUAUGAUGAAGACCAGGCUUAUGAUAGAGCGUAUGAACAAGGUGACCGAAUCCGGGGAAGGACACACGAAGAGGACUGGGGUUAUGAUGGUGCCUACGAGCAAGGUGAUAGAGGUCGCAGAAGGACGUACGAUGAGGAUCGGGGUCGUAAUAGAGCCCACGAGUACUCCAGAGAACCAGCAAGAGCCCCGAGCCGUGAUCGACUCAAAUCCAGAAGCCCGUCGCCUGAAUCCUCCUCUUAUUCUUAUGACCGGGGGCUACCAAAGCCCUACAAGGUUAUGUUGGUUAAGAGCAAACUAAAUGAAGAAUAUGGCCUUCGAUUGGGCAGCCAGAUCUUCAUCAAAGAGAUGACAGGAGUAGGCCUGGCUGCCAAGGAUGGAAACUUGCACGAAGGGGAUAUUGUCCUCAAGAUCAAUGGGACUGUCACUGAAAACAUGUCCCUGGCUGAUGCUCGAAAAUUGAUUGAAAGGUCACGUGGGAAGCUCCAGCUUGUUGUGCAAAGAGAUAUGAAGCAAACAUUAAUCAGCAUUCCACCCAUGGAUGAUAGCGAGUCUGAUUCAGAAGGUAUUUCUGAAAUCGAUUCAAACCCCUCGUGCUCACCUCCUCCAGAAGAAAGGAAAUCCCCACAUUCCGAUGCUUCUUCACAUUCUUCUGGGAGAACUACUGACAAGAAAAGUUCCAAAGAGGAGCCCUCCAGCAGACUGGCAAGAAUGGGAGCCAUGCCAACUCCAUUUGCAACGAGGACUGACCUGCCCACUGCUGUUGACUAUGAGAAGGAAGAUCUUGGGGUGGAUUACAGAGCCUCCAAAGUAGAAGAACCAGUAGUAAUGGCUCCUAAGAAGUUUCUCCAGCCAAGUCCAGAAGAUCAGGAGAUCUUUGGUCCAGAUACGAAAAUGGUGCAAUUCAAGAAAGGAGAUAGUGUUGGCCUCCGACUUGCUGGCGGCAACGAUGUAGGGAUCUUUGUGGCGGGAGUGCAGGAAGGUAGCCCGGCUGAGAAUGAAGGACUUGAGGAAGGAGAUCAACUCCUCAAGAUAAACUCCAUGGAUUUCCGUAGUAUCGUGCGUGAAGAAGCUGUUCUGUAUCUUCUAGAAAUUCCAAAGGGUGAAGAUGUGACCAUCCUCGCUCAGAGCAAGUAUGACGUGUACAAAGAUAUAAUUAACUCCGGCCGUGGCGAUUCGUUCUUCAUUAGGACGCACUUUGAGUAUGAAAAAGAGACUCCACAGAGCUUGAAUUUUGCCAGGGGAGAAGUCUUUAAGGUUUUGGACACCCUAUACAAUGGCAAGCUGGGAAACUGGUUAGCAGUAAGAAUCGGUCCUGACAACAUCAAACAACUGGAGAAAGGAAUCAUCCCAAAUAAAAGCAGAGCUGAGCAAAUGGCCAAUGUGCAAAAUGUCCAGAAGGCAACUUCAAGUGACCGAGGGGAUUUCUGGAGGUCACGAGGUCAACGAGCGGCAAUGAAGAAGAAUCUUCGGAAGAGUCGCGAGGAUCUCACUGCUGUGCCAGUUAGCACCAAGUUCCCAGCAUACGAAAGGGUUGUUCUUCGGGAAGCUGGCUUUAGGCGGCCUGUGGUGCUCUUUGGGCCCAUCGCUGAUAUAGCUACAGAGAAGCUAGCAACAGAUUUACCGGAGAGCUACAAAAUUGCAAAAACUGAACCCAGAGAUGCAGGCUCUGAAAGGUCAUCUGGUGUGGUUCGAUUGAACACUGUCAGGCAGAUUAUUGAAGAGGACAAGCAUGCUUUACUGGACGUUACGCCCAAGGCUGUGGAUCUGCUGAAUUACACGCAAUGGUACCCGAUCGUUAUCUUCUUUAACCCAGACAGCAAGCAAGGUGUUAAAACCAUGAGGCAGAGACUGAAUCCAACGUCCAGCAAGAGUUCCAAGAAGUUGUACGACCAAGCUGUCAAGCUAAGGAAGAGCUGUUCUCAUCUUCUUACAGAGACAAUUGAUCUCAAUUCCUCACAUGAUGGCUGGUAUGGAUUGGUAAAGGAUCUGAUUAGAGAUCAUCAGGCUUCUGCAGUUUGGGUUUCCGAAGGCAAGGCCGAUGGACUGGGAGACGAAGACCUUGAGAUGCCUGAUGACCGCAUGUCCUAUCUGUCAGCUAUGGGUGCUGACUACCUCAGCUGUGAUAGCCGAUUGAUGAGUGACUAUGAUGAUACAGACACAGAGGGUGGUGCCUAUACAGACAACGAGCUGGAUGAGCCAGUCAAUGAGCCUCGAGUAUCUUCUGUUGCCAGAUCAUCAGAACCAGUGCAGUUGGAGGAGCAGAGGCCAAGUCCAGAGCCAGCUGUAGCUAGAGGACAGAUGAGGAGAGCAGGCAGCAGGGAAGUCCUGAGAGAUCCCAGCCCCCCUCCUGACUUCAGACCUGAGCCACCAAAGGCCAAAGUUGAUGUGCACGCAUAUGCGAAAGAGCCCCCAAGGCCAUACUACGAUUCUCGUUACAGUAGCUCAAGUCCUGGGAGCAGCGAGCACCCCCGUAGUCAGGAAGCACCUGUCCCUUCCAAGCCACAACCCCCUCCGGUGGCUUUGAAGCCAUCUUUCGGGACUAGGACAGCACUCAAACCACCGGCUCCAGCCACACUGCCCCCAGGUGAAGAGGGCGAGCAGGAGGAUGAUGAAGAGUUGGGAGAAGGGGGUCAGCAGAAGUCUGUGCUGGGCAAAGUGAAAAUAUUUGAGAAACUGGAUCACAAAGCUCGAGCUCAGAGACUGCAGGAACUACAAGAAGCACAAAUGGCAAGACUGGAAAUAGCACAAAAGAACCCAGAUAUCUACGCAAUUCCUAUAAAACCACCGAAAGUGGAGCAGCCCCAGUCACACAGGCCUCCCGAGCCCCAGAAGCCCCCAUCACAAUCUUACCUGGACCCCAGCGGAAUUGGCUACAGAGGGGAAGAUGAGGAGGAGGAGGAGGAGCAGUAUCGCAGGCAACUUGCUGACCAUUCAAAGCGAGGUUACUAUGGCCAGCACGGGUCUCAACCCACCAAAUACAGGGAUACUGAACUGUAGAAGGGGAACAUUUUGUAACCAUGAUUUUAAUAAAAGAGGAAAAACAAAACAAAAAAAAAUGCUGGAAAUGACCUGCUGGCCUAUUAGCUCCUGGACCUUCAGUUGCUGAUUGACUUGCUGUUGCUCCCAGCAAUAGUAUUUUUAUUCUGAUAGGACUUGUAUACUUUGCAAAUGCUGUUCUAACUGCCUUUUACUAUAGUUUUCACAUGAAGUUUUUUUUUACAUAAUUUACAAUUCAAGAACAAAUUACAGUAAAAAAAGAAUAAUUGGACAGACCUCCUUUAUAACAAAGUUCUACACAGGAACACAAGUGCCUCUUAUUUUUUUUCUUGAACAAAAAGCUUCCUUUUGGAUAAAAUGUAAUUGGUGAAGGUGAUGACACUGGACUUGGUUUGAAUUUGAGUUAUAUUGUUAACUGAUAAGCCAUUGUGGUGUAAAGUUCUUUUUGGGACCAGAGGAAAGAGUUCCUAAUUUGUAAGUGAUGUGUGCAAGAAUGUGUCUUGUACCCAAAAUGCAUUUUCUUUCUAACUUGUCAUGAUGGUGUUGGUUUUAAGUUGAUCAAAUAAAACAAUGUAUUUAAGUGCCA